AUGAAAGAAGAAAGCAUAUAUCCACAAAAAGGAACAUAUCCUCUUGGUAAACAACUUUGUUAUACUAAAAAAUUAAAACAUCCAAUUCCUCAUAAUUAUGUUGUUAAAACUAAAUAUGAAAAAGCGGAUUAUGUUGUAAAUGUUCAAUUGAAUAUGUGGAGUCAAAACCUUUAUUUAAAGUUUGUUUUGGUACAAAUUUUACAAGAGUUUAAAGAAGGUAGUACUACUAAAAUAUCUGGCUCUUUAUUAUUUGGUCUUAAAUUAUCAAGUGUUGAAAAAAUACGCCUAUCACAACAUAUAUUAAAUGUUGUUGAAUCAGAAAAAGAAAAUACAUUUCAUAAGACGGACAAAAUAAAACUUAAGCAAGUAACAUUUCAAACUUGCAAUGAUGAUGUGUAUAGUGUUAAUUUUGGGCAAUUAGAUAAAGUUAAAAAAACAAAAAGAAUUGAAGUAGUAGUUAAAUCAUUGGAUAAGGGACAUGUUUCUAGAGAAGCAUAUCGAUCUAUAGCAAAAAUUAAACCAAAUAUUCCACAAAACCCAGAUAUUAUAGAUAAUACCAUUGUCAUUAACAUGUUGGAAUCAGUAGGAAAAGGUGGACAAUGA